UUAAAGAGUUACAAUGUUUCAUUAGUAAAUCAGUUUGGAACAAAAAAAGGAAUUAAUAAAAGCUAAUUUUUUUGUAUGUAAUAUGUGUUUCUCUUUAGGGAAAGCUAAAUUAAUGUCCCAUGGAAAAUAAUAACCAAACUUCUACUGAUUUUUUCUUAUUGGGAUUAUUCCCACCAUCAGAAAUUGGCCUGUUUUCCUUCAUUUUCAUUGUUCUCAUUUUCUUAAUGGCUCUUUUUGGCAACAUGUCCAUGAUCAUCGUCAUCCUCCUGGACACUCAUCUCCACACACCCAUGUACUUUCUACUUAGUCAGCUCUCCCUCAUGGACCUGAACUACAUCUCCACCAUUGUCCCCAAGUUGGCGUCCAAUUAUCUCUUUGGAAAUAAGUCGAUUUCUUUCAUUGGGUGUGGAGUUCAGAGUUUCUUCUUCAUUACAUUAGCUGGUGCAGAAGGAUUACUGUUAGCCUGUAUGGCUUAUGAUCGUUAUGUGGCCAUUUGCUUUCCUCUUCACUAUGUCAUUCAUAUGAGAAAAAGAGUACUUGUGUUGAUGAUUACAGGAUCUUGGAUAAUGAGCUCGAUCAACUCCUGUGCCCACAAUGUAUAUGCCCUCCAUAUCCCUUAUUGUAGAUCCAGAACCAUCAAUCAUUUCUUCUGUGAUCUCCCGGCCAUGUUGACACUGGCCUGCAUGGACACCUGGGUCUAUGAGUACACGGUGUUUGUGAGCACCACACUCUUCCUUGUGUUACCUUUCAUUGGCAUUGCGUGUUCCUAUGGCCGAGUUCUCCUCACCAUCUGCCGCAUGCACUCAACAGAAGGGAGGAAGAAGGCCUAUUCCACCUGUAGCACACACCUCACUGUGGUGACUUUCUACUAUGCACCCUUUGCUUACACUUACCUACGCCCAAGAUCGCUGAGAACUCCAACAGAGGACAAAAUUCUGGCCGUCUUCUACACGAUCCUGACCCCAAUGCUCAACCCCAUCAUUUACAGCCUGAGAAACAAGGAGGUGAUGGGAGCCCUGAGAAGAGUGAUUCAGAGGAUCUGCUCUGUAUAA